AUGAAACCAAAAAUCCAGAAUUCGAGAGGUCACUUUGAGCUUCGUCACAAACUUGAAAUCGACCAUCCAGAAUCUUCUUUUACUUACAAGUCCCCAGGCAGCGUAAAAGGAAUUCGAAGUCCUGACUUGCGGACUCAAAGUUUAGCAGAUCCUCAUAGAACUGGAAAAUCCCCCAACUCAGCAAAAAAUCCAAGGGAAAAAUUUCUGAAGGCAAAACCGCCUGAAAAUAAGCAAGAAACUUCUUUUGAGGCUCCUUUUAAAGUCAUAGAGCCACCAAAAAAUCGCAUUAAAAAAACAAUCGAGAAAAUCACCCCACACAAAAAUAAUUUUUCAGUUUACGAUCCCACAAAUGAAAAUCAGAAUUCAUCUGCUUUGGGAGCCAAAAACCUGAAAAUAGAAAUCGAGACUUUAAAGAAAAUAAUUGGUUCGCUUAAAGUAAGCCACAAAGAACAAGAAGAAACGCUAGUUUUUCAGCUGCAUCAGCUUCAGCAAGAAAUAAUGGAAUUAAAAGCUGAAUUUGCAGAAACUAUAGGGUUCUUGGCUCAAAUUAUAGUAAAAUAUUUAGAUAAGCAUACUCCACGAGCGAUAAGUGAAGAAAUGCUUACCAAAAUUCAAGAAAAGCAAGAAAGAUUAAAAAUAGACUUAGACUCAGUAAUAAAAUCGAUUUCUGAGUCUACAAACACAAAUAUUUCAAGAAACACUAAUCCAUUUAAAAGAGACUCAAUUGCAAGCUUAUCAAGCACUGGUCAUUUUCAGUCUUUUAACGAAAGCUUUCAUUUUCCAUUAAUUUCCAGCCCAAUUAAUCGCACUUUUGAGGUAAUUUCACUUUAUGAUUAUCACCCAGUGAUAGAAGACCACUUAGAUUUUCAAGCUGGAGAAAGAAUUCAAGUGACAGAGAUGCUUGAUGAGGAAUGGUGAAUUGGAAUUCUACGUGGAAAAUCUGGGAAAUUCCCUAAGGAAUUCGUUCUGAACGAUUAA